GUGCGAUGCUCUGGAGAUCCUAAGACGACAGUUCUUUAGGAAGAUUUGAGACGGGGCACGCACAGAACGCUGCGGCGGACCGGGAGCACGCCUGGGGAGGGUCUGCUUCCCGUGAGCCCUGUGCCCCCGCAGCUUGGUGGGGGCCGCCUCAGGGACUCCCGAACCCCCUCUAACGCUCACCUUCUCUGUGCCAGGGCCCGGGAGGAGCCGCCGGCCCUAAGGGAGACCAGGGCGUUGCAGGCUCCGAUGGCCUCCCUGGGGACAAAGGAGAGCUGGGUCCCAGUGGUCCGGUCGGACCCAAAGGAGAGGCCGGCAGUCGAGGGGAGCUGGGCCCAAAGGGCAUCCAGGGUCCCAAUGGUACCAGUGGUGUCGAGGGCCUCCCGGGCCCACCCGGCCCCAUGGGCUUCCCGGGGGUACAAGGCGUGCCUGGCAUCACCGGGAAACCCGGAGUCCCGGGGCGGGAAGCCAGCGAGCAGCACAUCAGGGAGCUAUGUGGAGGGAUGCUCAGUGAACAAAUUGCACAGUUAGCUGCUCACCUGAGGAAGCCUUUAGCGCCUGGAUCCGCAGGUCGGCCUGGUCCAGCUGGGCCCCCAGGCCCCCCGGGACCGCCGGGCUCCAUCGGCCACCCUGGUGCCCGAGGGCCCCCUGGAUACCGUGGUCCCACCGGAGAGCUGGGAGACCCGGGGCCCAGAGGGGCUUCGGGAGACAAAGGAGACAAAGGCUCGGCGGGCGUGGGUCUGGACGGGCCAGACGGAGACCAGGGGCUACAGGGGCCGCAAGGCGUGCCUGGCGUUAGCAAAGACGGCCGAGAUGGGGCCCACGGCGAGCCCGGGCCUCCAGGCGAUCCUGGCCUCCCUGGUGCUGUCGGUGCUCAGGGGACCCCCGGCAUCUGUGACACCUCGGCCUGCCAAGGAGCCGUGAUGGGAGGCAUCGGGGAAAAAUCAGGUUCUAGAAGCUCCUAAAACACAACCGAAGGAAGUGAGAAGGUGGUGCCGACGCCAGCAGGGAGCUCUGGAAGGACACGAGGAGUCAGCAGCGCUCCAUGGGGGAGGGGACAGCGUGGCAUCGGUGACGGCCCUCGCGGCCCUCUUGGCCUGCCCCUUGUGUCCUCCACGGCAGUGACCGGCCACGUGGUCCCCGAGAGCGUCCUUCAUCGACCUGUUGUCCAGUGUUGUCUCUACACGCAUUUACAAGUGCCCGUCAGCGGUCACGUCGUACGUCAGGCCCCGUGGGCGCCAACUAGACCCCACAUCUGAGGGGGCACAAGUCCUCGGGGCCUAAAACAGCCACCUGUUCACAAAGCACUUGUGGAAGGACUAAGAAUCACAGUAAGACAGCAGAUGACCCCAGGUGACCCCAGUCUAAUAAAUAAAGGAUUCCCUGUACGGUACCCCCUCCACACAUGGUCUAGUCUGAUUUACCUGCUUCUUUUGUGUACAAACUUGACUGUCUCCGAUUAACAGUAUUUAUUGAAGGUGACCCUGUAUUGCGAGAAAGUCUACUGCUAUUACCUGUUGUGAUAAAUAAAGCCACUCAUGUGAAAACCUCA